CUUCGAAGUCCGCCAUUUGCCAGCUUGAAUUCGCAAAGAACGCAUCGCUUUCUGUAUUAUAAUUGCUAAACUCAAGUGCAGCCAAGAUGGAGAAUUGCCGUACACCCACAAAUAAGGUCAAAAUUACCUUUCCCAGGACUCCAACGCUAAAGGAACGCAGAUGGAACACGCUGAAGGUUAACACCUCCAACGUGCGCUGCUCCACACCGAUUUUCGGCAACUUCCGUUCGCCCAAUCUCUCGCCCAUCGAGAACAUGGGCUCGAAGAAGAGCCCUGCAUCGCCCAUGCGGUUCGACGCCUUCAAGAAGCCACCGAUGAAGACUGUUCAUCAUCAACAUAGCCAUCAGCUUAAACCACCGGUCUUCAAUUUGCCGAAAGCGCAUGAGGAGAUUACCGAGCCGGAGCGGGAGAUCAGGAGCUGCAGCAGCCCGGACACCUGUUCGGAUGACUCGAGUAGGGAUACCUCGUUGACCUUGGAGUCGCGUCGCCGUUCCAUAAAGGCCUCCAACCACUCGUACGUAGUGAAUCAUGCUGCCAAUGUGGAGCAGAUCCUCAUGCACAUGGGCCUGGAGAACUAUGUGACCAACUUCGAGGAGGCUCAUAUCGAUCUGGUGGAACUGGCCUCCAUGGAACGGGCUGAUCUCAUCAAAAUUGGCCUAAACACGGAUGAGGAUUGCAACCGCAUCAUGGAUGUCCUCCACACUCUCUAAACGGAUCGCUGGCAGAUUCUGUUUUACUUUAAUUUACAAUUUUAAAAUGUUCCAGUGAAGAGAAAUUAGUAAUGUUUAUGUAUGUGGAUAGUUAAAUAGGUAUUGUGAGGCUUAUUGUAAAAGACCUGGUGUCUUACAGCCAUAAAUAAUCAAAAAUAAGUUAAAGGUUCAUGUUGAUCUUUAAAAUGUACUCUUGGUCAUAAAUUUUAAAAUAAAACAACAUGUAAACACUAAUUUCAUAAUAUGUUUAAUAAACAAACCAUACUUUAAGUA